CAUAACGAAGCUUUAAAAUUGGAGCAGGCAGUUCUUUCCUUCGUGCUUUACAGAGUAGACACUGAUGACUAUCUCGGCCGCCAUUGGAACUGAGUUUUAAGCCGAGUUCACUUACCACCGUUCCCCGUGAUUCAAGCAAUUGAAACUGAGGAGGAUGAGUAAGAAUAAGAACCCCGUUGUCUUCUUAGAUAUAUCAAUCGAUGGGGAUCCUGUGGAAAGAAUUGUUAUUGAGCUUUUUGCUAAUGUUGUUCCAAGGACAGCAGAGAACUUCCGAGCACUCUGUACAGGUGAGAAGGGCAUUGGAAAAUCUACUGGGAAACCUUUGCACUACAAGGGAUCCUUUUUCCAUCGAAUAAUUAAAGGAUUCAUGGCCCAGGGUGGCGAUUUUUCAAAUGGGAAUGGCACUGGGGGAGAAAGUAUUUAUGGAGGGAAGUUUGCAGAUGAGAAUUUUAAACUGGGACAUGAUGGACCUGGCUUUCUUUCUAUGGCAAAUUCUGGUCCAAACACAAAUGGGUCUCAAUUCUUUUUAACCUUCAAGCGCCAGCCUCAUCUUGAUGGGAAGCACGUUGUGUUUGGAAAGGUCUUGAAGGGAAUGGAAGUUGUGAAGAAAAUGGAGCAAGUGGGAUCAAGUGGUGGGCAACCUGCCCGAUCUGUAAAAAUUGUUGACUGUGGCGAUAAUUUGGAAAACAAAAUGGAUGCUGCUGGAAAAGAAAAAGACAAAAGUAAAAGGUCAAGGAAAGUUCAUUCUUCUGAGGAUAGUUCUGAUGUUGAAGCCAGAGGGAGACACCGGAAAUCUCUGAAAGAUAGAAGGAAGAAAAGAAAAAGGAGAUACUCUUUGUCUGAUUCCGAUUCUGAUUCUGAUUCUGAUUCAUCUUCGGAUUCUGAUUCUGCUUCAGAUUCUGAAUCAGAUUCAGGUUCCUCAUCAUCCGACUCAAGUUCCUCUGGUGAUGGAAAACGAAGGAAGAGAAGGUCAGUGAAAAGGGAGAAAUAUCGGAAUAGAAAGAAAGGGAAAAAUGGGCGGAGGGAGAGUAAAAGAGGCAGACAUGACAAACGAUCAACACGCAAGUCCAAACGAGUGUCAGAGAGUUCAACUAAUACUGAGAGUACUAGCAGUAGCAGUGAUUCUGAUGAUGGAAACGUUGGUCGCCGCCUUUCUGCUCAUAAAACCAGAAAUUCAACUGAUGCUGGGAAAAAACCAUUAUCUAAUAUUGAUGCUGGAAAGAAAUCAUCAACUACUUCCUCUCUGAAAGAAGCUAUUGUUGAGCAGAAACGGAACCUUGACACGAAGACAGCUGAGAGCAACUCAUCACAUGAGGAAGGCGAACUGUCCCCAAAGAACAAUGAGGUCGUAAAGAAUGGACAUGACACUGGAAUUAUUCGAACUGAUCGAAAUGCCUAUUCAGAUGACUCGAAAAAAUCAAGAGACAUGAUACCAAGCCCCAGAAGAACAGAGAAUAACAGUGGUAGGGGAGCCAGAAGUAGGAGCCCAAAAAGAAAUCUCAAGAAUGAAAGUGAAAGUCUCCCUUUGAAGCCUGGAGAGAACCAGAGAAAAUCUUCUAGAAGUCCAUCAAAUAGUCCUGUUCGCAAGGCCCCUGCUCCUGACCGUGGUCAAGGUGUUUCACGGAGCCCAUCUCCAAAUGGCAUUCCAAAACGUAUUCGAAAAGGGCGUGGUUUUACUGACCGAUACUCAUUUGCACGUAGAUAUCGAACACCUUCUCCAGAGCGAUCACCUCCAAGAUACUACCAUCAUGAAAGGAACCGUGAUAGGUUUUCAAGCUACAGAAAGUAUUCAGAGCGUUCCCCAUAUAGACGUUACAAAAGCCCACCUAGACGACGGACCCCUCCAAGAUAUGAACGCAGGAGAAGUAAGAGCACAUCUCGCAGUCCAGGUGGAUACCGUGGCCGUUACAGGGAUCGAAGUCGGAGCCGUAGUCCAAUGCGGAGCACUAGUCCAACAGAUAAGAGACCUCCUUUGAGUGAGGACUUAAAAUCUCGCCUUGGUCCCCGGAUCAGUGAGCAGUCAUCACCUAACAGAGGAAGAUUAAGAUCCAGGUCCAUGAGCCGUGGGUCCUCUCACUCAAGAUCUUCAGAUGCUUCACUAAAGCGCCGUAACAAAAUACCUUCAAGAUCUCCCAGCCGCUCUACAUCAAGCUCGCCAUCUGGACAGAGGGGUUUGGUAUCCUAUAGAGAUUAACCCUGGACAAGUUCUGGCAGUGGUUUUCUCUGCGUUGAGUUAAUGAGAAAGCUUAUCCUCAUCCGUGAGGCUGUGAUUUGCAUUUUCCAGGUUUGAACUGCAUGGGCUAGUUGGCAUAUCACUUUUCCAUUAUCCAUUCCAAGAACUCGAUGUGACUAUUAUAAGUUACUAGCUGCUAAACUGGGUGAUUUUGAACGGUUCUGUUUGUUUGAGAAUAUGUAGCAAACUUAAUUUUGUUUCUUUCAAGUGUCAUUAGCUCGAACGGAGCAUGUUAGUUCUGAACGAGAUCCCAGCGAAUCCAAUUUCAAUCAAUCUGCGUACGAUGUUCAGUUAGCGAAGCCCUUGAUUGACGGAAAUUAUGCACAAUUCUCUUAUUCGUAACUGGGAAAAUCUGUGGUUGCUCGUGAUGCUUCGAAUUACCUUUUAAGAUUCUAGUGGAAUUUAAUAACAUUUUGUAAUGAUAAAAUUAGUGUAUUUAGUCAUUUCUCUUUACUAUAUUAGACUGUUUUCUCUUCAACAUGAUACUUCUGAAAUAACAGUGUUGGCUGAUCCAGAAUCAGAUCAAUAUGACAUUAAAGAA